UGGUGUAAGUGUAUCUCGACGGUAACCAACACGCCAUUGGCCAUUCUGUUAACCGUCACAGACCGGUGAAUUAAUAUUAAUUCUAUAAGAAAACAAUUGUCCUCUAUUCAAUACAAAAUAACUUUACAUUGCGAAAUAAUUAAACUCAGUUGGUUAUUUUCUCUUCAAUUGAAUUUUGAUGGUACACAGGAUAUAUUAAUCGAACGUUGUGCAACAUUGAGGUUAAUGAGUGCUAUUUGCAAAAUUGUAAAAUUGUACAAUUAUUUAUUACAAUCUAUCAUAAACCGAUUACGAGUAAAAUAAUAGUAAAAAGAUGCCUGACAUAAAAGUAACUCCAUUGGGAGCUGGACAAGACGUGGGAAGAAGUUGCAUUCUGGUAUCAAUGGGUGGAAAAAACAUAAUGCUGGAUUGUGGAAUGCACAUGGGGUUCAACGACGAAAGAAGAUUUCCUGAUUUUUCCUACAUCGUUCCGGAGGGACCCACGACCAAUCACAUCGACUGCGUUAUUAUCUCGCAUUUUCACUUAGAUCACUGUGGGGCCCUUCCAUACUACACAGAAAUGGUGGGUUACACAGGCCCAAUCUACAUGACCCAUCCCACAAAAGCGAUUGCUCCCAUUCUCCUCGAGGACAUGAGGAAAGUCGCUGUGGAGAGGAAGGGCGAGAGCAACUUCUUCACAUCUCAAAUGAUAAAAGACUGUAUGAAGAAGGUGAUAGCAGUGACACUUCAUCAGUCAGUGAUGGUGGAUUCUGAAUUAGAAAUUAAAGCGUACUACGCAGGCCAUGUGCUUGGUGCUGCAAUGUUCUGGAUCAGAGUUGGUACCCAAUCGAUAGUCUACACCGGUGACUACAACAUGACACCAGACAGACACCUGGGGGCUGCCUGGAUUGACAAAUGUCGUCCAGAUUUAUUAAUAUCAGAAUCGACUUAUGCAACGACAAUCAGAGACUCUAAACGCUGCAGAGAACGUGAUUUUCUGAAGAAGGUUCACGAGUGCAUUGAUCGAGGGGGAAAAAUUCUCAUACCAGUGUUUGCCCUGGGAAGGGCCCAAGAGCUUUGUAUACUCCUCGAGACAUACUGGGAGAGAAUGAAUCUCAAGGUGCCUGUUUACUUCGCCCUGGGGCUUACCGAGAAAGCCAACAACUAUUACAAGAUGUUUAUCACCUGGACAAAUCAGAAAAUCAAGAAAACCUUUGUCCAGAGGAAUAUGUUUGAUUUCAAGCACAUUAAGCCCUUUGACAAAGCCUAUAUUGAUAAUCCAGGUGCCAUGGUGGUAUUCGCAACUCCAGGAAUGCUCCACGCUGGCCUCUCUCUACAGAUAUUCAAAAAGUGGGCACCCAAUGAGCUAAAUAUGGUGAUAAUGCCAGGAUUCUGCGUUCAGGGAACUGUCGGCCACAAAGUCCUGAGUGGAGCUAAACGGAUUGAGUUUGAGAAUCGUCAGAUUGUCGAGGUGAAAAUGGCAGUGGAGUAUAUGUCGUUUUCAGCUCAUGCCGAUGCCAAGGGUAUCAUGCAGCUAAUUCAAUACUGCGAGCCCAAGAAUGUCAUGCUUGUUCAUGGUGAGUUUGCAAAGAUGGAGUACUUGAAGGAGAAGAUUAAGCAGGAGUACGGGGUGAAUUGCUAUAAUCCAGCGAAUGGAGAGACAUGUGUUAUCACGACGACAUCUAAAGUACCAGUUGAUGCCUCCCUAGCUCUGCUAAAGGGUGAGGCCAAGAAGUACUCAGCACUACCACCAGAUCCAAAGAGAAGAAGACUUCUUCAUUCGGUUUUGAUGCUGAGGGAGGAUGGUGUUUGCCUCGUGGAUUCUGAUGAGGCAGCCAAGGCUGCUGGCAUUCCGAAGCACAUCGUCAGGUUCACUUCUACUGUCCAGGUGAGGGAUCCAGAUCCUCCACAAGCGACGACCCUCAAACUCCUCCCACCUCUGCAGGACAAACUCGAGGGAUGGCAGUUGAAAAUUAUCGAGGGAUCAAUCUCAGUUGAAUCGGUUCAGGUGAGGGUAGAGGGUGAUGAGGAUGAUCAGAAGAUUAUCUACGUGUCCUGGACCAAUCAGGAUGAGGAUCUGGGAAGCUACAUCCUUGGAUUUUUACAAAACAUGUUCAAAUAGGUGAACAAAUGCAUCAAGUAUUUUUUAUUGCGAAUUAUGAAAGCGAAUCAGUCUGUGAUAGACCUGGAGUUAUUAAAUAUUGUUUUUUUUUAUAUGUGAGAAAUUAACCGUGUUAUUAUUUCAAUGAUAAUGGUGAAUAAAAGAAUAAAUCAAUACUGCAGGGUACAUAUACUUUA